CAUCACUGGGUUUAGGGUUUGUAUAGGGUUUUAGCGGUACAAAAUGGAGGGCGACCACCUGUAGGAGUCGCAUGCCCUGCACCUUGCCGUCUCGUCCUUCUCAGCUCCGCCUUCUCCCUCCGACAAAAUACAGGGUGAGCAGGUGAAAAUUAUUCUGUUGACGACCACCAUAGAAGUCGUAUGCCCUGCACCUUGCCGUCUCGUCCUUCUCAGCUCCGCCUUCUCCCUCCAACCAAAUACAGGGUGAGCAGGUGAAAAUUAUUCUGUUGACGACCACCAUAGAAGUCGUAUGCCCUGCACCUUGCCGUCUCGCCCUUCUCAGCUACGCCUCGUCCCUCCGACAAAAUCCAGGGUGAGCUGGUGAAAACUGUUCUGUUCUCCACCGAUUCGACUAGCAUCAGCCAUCUCGGAUUCCGGUCUCUUUCCUUUCCGCAGUGCCUGCACUGCAUUUUGAAACAUGGGAAAGACAACGUACAAGAGGCUGAAGGGAAGCCAGAGCAUGAGGCAGAGGUUACUCCUAGCUACGCUUUCCUCUACCCCAAUUCUCAUAGAGGACAUCCGCGCUGAUGAAAUGUUGCCUGGACUUCGCCCCCAUGAGAUAUCCCUUCUUCGCCUCUAUGAGAAGGUUACUGAUGACUGUGUCAUUGAAAUCAAUGAAACUGGGACGAAAUUUAAGUACAAGCCUGGGAUAGUUAUGGGAGGAAGAAAUCUGGUACACGACUGUGGGGUUACUCGUUCUAUUGGGUAUUUCCUUGAGCCCUUGGUAGUACUUGGGUUGUUUGCAAAGAAACCUCUUUCAAUAAGGCUCAAAGGAAUAACAAAUGAUUCUAAGGACCCAUCUAUUGAUACUUUCCUUUCCACCACCUUACCACUUUUGAAGCGUUUUGGGGUUCCCUCAGAAGGUUUGGUGCUGAAAAUAGAGAGUCGCGGAGUUCCUCCACGUGGUGGUGGUGAAGUGUUGUUGUCAGUUCCUGUUAUUCAGUGUCUAACCGCUGUCAAUUGGAUUGAUGAAGGAAUGGUUAAUAGGAUCAGAGGCGUUGCUUUCACAACCAGGGUUGGAGUUCAACAUGGAAAUGAAAUGAUAUAUGCUGCUCGUGGAAUUUUCAAUCGUUUGCUUCCAGAUGUUUUCAUCUUUAGUGAUCAUAAAACUGGUCCACAAGCUGGAAACUCACCUGGAUAUGGAAUUUCGCUGGUUGCAGAAACUACUUCUAAAUGCUGCAUCUCAGCUGAUACUACAAUUUCUUAUGGACGACAGGAUGAAGCAGGUGAAUUUGAAGAGGAAGAGAAGAAAGAAUUGGCUCCUGCAGCAGACGUUGGUGAGCAACUUGCUUCAGUUCUUCUGGAGGAGAUUAAGCAUGGUGGUGUUGUAGAUUCUACACACCAGGGUUUGUUAUUUCUUCUUUGUGCAUUAUGUCCGGAAGAUGUUUCAAAGGUUCGAGUAGGGAUGCUCUCACCUUAUGGAAUUGAAACACUAAGAAACAUAAAAGAUUUUCUGGGCAUUGUAUUUAGCAUUAAUGCAGAUCCAUCAACGGGGACAGUAAUCCUAAAAUGCUUAGGAUGUGGGUUGAAGAACCUGUCUCGAAAGGUCUCAUAACAACACAAUGCAGCAUUGCAACUGUGAAUGGCAGUACACUACAAUGUCUCUGUGAUAAAAAUGAUUGGGUGGAAAUCGAAGUUUAGGCAAAGGGGCAAGUCUGUUCCAAUUAUGAGUGUAGUAUUCCAGUGUGUAUCGCUGAUCUGGAAAAUUUUGAAACUUGAUAGAGAGGAAAGUUACAAUAUGGUAAGUUAUUUCGUUGAUUUUGUUUUGAUCUCUACUUCCUAGACGUGAUGUCAGUAUUAGUUUAUCUAAUACUAACAGUUUAGGUGGUUCAAUGUUUUGGAACUGGCAUACAUCUUUCUCGGUGCAUUUGAGAGGAUUAAAUUCAAAUGAAUAGA